GUCAUCAUGUGGUCGCUUUUCAUCAGUUUCUGUCUCGGUUUCAUCUUCUGCAAGGCUCUUCCCAGCUUGCGACAUCGGGCGUUUGCACGGUUCAUGUCGUAUUUCUACUCGACUGUUGAUCCGUCAUUUGUUGCGUUCAAGAAGAAGAUAUUUGGUGACAUCGUGAAGGAGAAGCCCCGGCGACCUGGCAGCUCAGAGCUCCGCAUCCUCGAAGUCGGCGUUGGCACAGGCACAAACUUCCAAUUCUACCCUGAUGGCUGUCACCUGGUGGUGGUCGACCCCAACCCCUACUUCGAAAGCUACUACAACGCGAACAAAGCUAAAUUCCCAAACAUAAAGACGCAAGAGUUCAUCGUAGCGAAAGGCGAAGACAUGACGAUGGUGGAGGACAACAGCGUGGACGUGGUGGUGGUGUCGCUGGUGCUGUGCAGUGUGGGCGACUGCAAGAAGUUCCUGCAGCAAGUUCUCCGGGUGCUCGUUCCUGGCGGCAAACUCUACUUCAUGGAACAUAUUCGGGAAUGGGACUCGGACAAGCACUCUAUGAAGCAGCGCUUCCAGGACUGUCUGACGUGGCUGCAAGUCUGGCCGGCUCUGUUCGAUGGCUGUGAGCUCAACAGAGAGACGCAUGAGGAACAGCUUUUCAAUUUGAAGACGAAAUAG